AUGGGCUCAGGUAUAGCUGAAAAUCCUCCGCUUUCUCAUAUAUUCUACGACCACUGGGACCAACAUCCUACCCGAAUCAUUCCAGCUACCUUGAUCGUGAUUUUUGUGCUGUUCCGCAUCUAUGAGACGGCGAAGCAGUACCGGCGCCUCCGGCACUUUCAAGGUCCACCUCUGGCAGCUUUAUCCAAGUUAUGGCUCCUCAAGACCGUGACAGGAUCUCGGGGUCACCUCGAGUUCUACAACGUGACAAAGAAAUAUGGCUCCCUCGCGCGUAUCGGCCCCAACGACCUCCUCAACGACGACCCUGCCCUCAUGAGGCGCAUGCUCGGCGUGCGGAGCGAGUACCGGCGCUCAGAUUGGUACGACGGCAUGCGCUUCAACCCGUCCAGGGACAACGUUCUGUCGUGCAGAGACGAGGAUGGCCAUGCCAAGCUACGGUCAAAGAUGGCCGCGGGCUACUCUGGCCGCGAAGUCCAAGCUUUUGAGCAAAAGGUUGACGAGAACCUCCUCCGACUGAUCAAGCUAAUCGAGGGUUACGUCGACGAGAGGAAACCAUUCGAUUUCGGGAGGAAAGCACAAUUCUUCACGCUAGAUGUCAUUUCGGAUCUCGCGUUCGGGGAGCCAUUUGGGUUCGCGGCGUCUGAUUCGGAUAUGUACGAGUAUAUCAAGACGACGGAGGAGAAUUUGCCCGUGUUUAUGGGUAUGACUGUGGUGUCUGGGUCAUCAGGUUGUUCCGGUAUCCUUGGCUUAGGUCGAUGUUGCCCACGGGCAAAAGAUCGGCUGGGGUUCGGUAAGGUGAUGGGGAUAGCUAAAAGGUUCUCUGCCGAGCGAUUUGGUCCUGAUGCGAAAGUCCAGAGGGAUAUGCUGGGUUCAUUUGUCGCUCACGGUCUCACGCAAGAGGAAGCUGAAUCCGAGAUCCUGCUUCAGAUCAUUGCCGGCUCCGACACAACAGCAACAGCAAUCCGCGCCACGCUUCUCUACAUCCUCACAAACCUCCGCGUCCACAAUAAACUCCUAGCAGAGAUCCUAUUUAUAGACAACACCGCCCUUCGCAGCCGCCCUAUCGUAUCAGACGCCGAAGCCCGCAACUUACCCUGCCUCCAAGCCGCGCCGCCAGAGGGCGACAAGUGGAACGGCGCCUUCAUUCCCGGUGGCACGCGCGUUGGGUGGUCUUCAUGGGCCAUGUUUCGCCGGCAAGACGUCUUUGGCGAGGAUGCGAGCGAGUUUAGGCCUGAGAGGUGGCUGGUUGGGGAGAAGAAGAAGCUGCGCGAGAUGGAGGCGACGAUUGAUUUGGUUUUCAGUUAUGGGCGGUAUCAGUGUCUCGGAAGGCCGGUUGCGUUGAUGCAAUUGAAUAAAGUUUUCUUGGAGCUACUACGCCGAUUUGAGCUCACCAUCUGCGAUCCGUUGAAUCCAUGGAGGACUUUCAACUGCGGUAUUCACGCACAAUCUGAGUUUUGGAUCAGGGCCCAGCGGAGAGCGUAG